AGGUACAUCAGGAGUCGCUGGCUGGUAUUCUAUUCCGAGGCGCCUGAUACGUCGGCUGUUCUACCCGAAGCUAUUUACGCAUACGUGGAGCAUCACUCACUUUCCUACGAAAUACCUCCUGCAUAGUACAAAUUGAGGAGACUCACCAAAUCUUUCUUGGCAAAUACUGGUACGAUGGGGUCCGGCGCUUGUCAGCCCCGGAAUUUGGCGCUCGUUAUCGUCGGAGCUCGGACCGGUGGCUGUGUUCCUUGCCAAAGUCCCUACAGGUCCCGACUGGAUCCAUCCCCGAAUCCACUACGCCUAACCUCAACGUUCCGUUCAACAGUCAGCCCAACGAUGCAGAUUUAUCCUACUCCACGCUUCCCCCAAUAGUCCGUGAUUUCAAGUCCAACCCCGCGUUGAAUAUCUCAUUUAUGAGCCUGUUUACCACGGAAAUGGGGAUCAGUACCCGAAUUCCCAUCACCAUCAAGGACCUGUCUGGCGUCGACAGUAGGCCACUCUUUUUCACCCCAUGAACGAGGCCCUGGUUACUCUCCUCUUCAUCCGCAACUGCUGUCUCUGAGAGGCGUCUCAACUCCAGUAUACGCCGAUGGCACCACCAAACUUCACCCUGAGUGUCGCAACAUGGGGCAACCCCAGUUCCUCGAAGAACGCACUGCUCAUUCAUGGCCUCACUUCGGUUGCGCAGACGUGGCAUCGUGUUGCUAGAGACCUCGCUGGUCGAGGGUACUAUGUUCUCGCGCCCGACCUUCCUGGACACGGGAUGGCCGGCUCAACGCAGAGUUUCACCAUCGCAGCCCUCGCCGAAGCUCUUGCCCCGCUGUUCUCUGCGCCCUAUCCCCGCUUCGACCUCAUCAUCGCGCAUUCACUCGGCGCCGUCACCACCCUCCAGCUACUUCAUAUUCUUCCACCCUUUUCGCAACAUCCGGCUGCCCCAGUCAAUUCAUACACUCGCGUUCUGCUGCUUGACCCACCACUCUAUCAAUCCCCGCGUACCGUGGAGAUGGCGCGCACGCUCUUCAUGCAAGACGUCGCAUCUCCUCGGUCCGCCGCCCAGCACAUGUCGGAGAACCCGCGCUGGACGCUGGAGGACGCGGCGUGGAAGGAGCUUGGAGAGCAACUCAUCACCCCUGAGACAAUCGAUCAUUUGUUCAAGGACAACUCUAACUGGUCGUUCGUCCAUCUACUCAAGCUUCGGCCCGCCACGCAAAGGAGCGUGUACCUCACUGUACUUGGCGCUGAUCCGCACCUUAAGGACCAGAAACCCAGCUUCCGUGUCGAGCAGGCGCAGCCAUACCUGAAUCCAAGACUUGACUCCGGCAUAGUGUGGGGUGCUACGCAUGGGAUCCAUCGAGAAUUCCCGGAGGUGGUUGUCGAACACGCUCUACGUCGCUUAGAUGAGAGAAACGCCGUCUCUUCUGCGGGGGAACAAGCGAAGCUAUAGACCAGUUAUCACUCGCUCAUCCAACCCUCUUUAUAUCGUCAUAAUUUAUAUCUCCUCGCGAACCCAGGGCUGUUAGCCUCGUACAGCUUCGGCCUUUAAUCUACUUACGGAUCCGAGUGUAUUGAUCAGGUUCAAAUAUACGUUCGGAUGUCGCACCACCAAGUGCUUGAGGCUUGGCACCUGCCUUUCGCUUCCUGAUGAAUCCAAUGUAGCAUCAAGCCCCCUUGCGGUGUGCUCAGAAAAGGCCGGUCGGGAACGACUGUAAGCUCGGCUGCCCCCCGUGAAGCGCCCAGACCGUGGGAGGAUCAUUGAAAGGCGCCAACCAGCGGAUACGGUCUUGUCAACUUCACCACACUUACUGAGCUGUGUUCCUCGACCUGGACUCGGGGCGCUCGUCCCGGCUUCUUUGCAUGAUGGUCUAGUUUUAGCACUGACUUAUCGAAUCACAGGCGUAUCAUAGGUUACAGCAUCUCCGCCACUCUCGUCGACACGGUGUCCGUAUCUUUCCC